AUGCAGUCUGUAAAUCAAGGGUUGGUUUCUUCAUCCGUAAACCUCGAGAUAGCUUUCAACAAUCCUUGUUUCGCCGACGUGACACUUAAAGCCGGUACCGAUGAAUUCCUGGCCCACAAAAUCAUCCUGAUGAGUCGUUCCAAAGUGUUCGCACAAAUGUUCAGCUCCGACAUGAAAGAAAGCAAGGAAAACGUCGUGGAUAUGUCGGAUAUGAAAGCGUCUACCGUUAAGGUCAUGCUCCGGUAUAUUUACACGGGCACUACUGGCCCACUGACAACUGAUCGAGCCAUUGAUCUCUACUCCGCCUCCGACAGAUAUGACAUCCCAAAACUGAAGGAGAGUUGCAAGGCUGUCAUUUUAAAAACGAUCAAUGUAGAAAGUAUUUGUGAUGUUGCUAUUUUGGCUUAUCUGCACUCUGAUGAGGAGCUUGAACAGACUGCUAAGCGUGUACUGAAGGAAAAUCUGAAGAAGGUCUUGAAAACCCAGAAAUGGAGAAAAUUUGCAAAGGAAAACCCGGACCUGUAUUCCGAAAUGUUAGAAAGUGUAGUAUUGGAUGAAAGCGAUGAUAAUGCUGAUGCUUAA